AUGGAUUUGGAGGGACACAAGUGCAGUGUAUGUGGCAGUAGUUUCUCUGUGAAGUCCAACCUGACUCGGCACAUGCAGCUUCAUGGUCCAAAGGGAUAUGUGUGUGAAGUGUGUGGGAAAAGCUUCUCACUGAAACAGCAGCUGAGCAGCCACCAAAAACAGCACCUGUACCCAUGCAUCCGUCUGUACAGGCAGGGAGAGGCCAAGCUGCAGUGUACGGAUGCAGCUAAGAGUGUGGCAGUGGCCCCCAGCAAAGCAGUAGACCCCAGCUGUCUGGAUUCUGAAAAGGCGGAGGCUGCUGCAAAGAAAGCUGGAGGGGAAAUGUGGAAAGGCCAGCUAGUUGUCACAUUCGGCAAAUAUGCAGGACAGUCUUUCAGGUGGCUGCUCGAAAAUGAUGUGGGCUGGGUCAUAUGGCUGCUGUCUGAAUAUUGCCAGAAGGGUGAGAAGAACGAUCUCCUAAAGUGGCAAAAGGAGCGAUUGCUGCAGUAUGCCAGAGAGUUCCCGCCUGUCACCUUUCAUCUUGACAAACGCUUGGAGGAGUCAAGGAAAGACAAAGGAAAGAAGGCUGAAUCUACCCUUUCUAAGUUCCAGCAGGAUCCUGACUAUGCCAGUGAUGCUGAAUUGUUGGCAGCUGCUGAGACUGUCCUUGAAGAGUCUGAGGUAGCGGUCUCCACACAGCUGACCACCUGGGGAGAGCUCACACCGGCUGUGAGUCAGGACUCUUCCCACAGCCUCAGCACAUCUCAGGGAAGACCUUCUUCCCCUGUUGACACCUCUGCCUCAGAAACUGGUAACAUCUUGCUGGAGGGCUGGCAGAAAUACUGGGAGCAUCCACCUCCAUCUACACAAGCCAAUGGUAUAGCUCCUCCUAACAUCAAGUGGCUGAAAUGUGAUGAGAUGUAUGGUCUGUUUGAGAGGCCUUCCAG